AUGCGUCUCCAACAGCCUCUGACAACUGAAGUCCAAUUCCUGGCCUGCACGAAAGAGAUCAGAGAACAUGGUGUGGGCUUUGCAGUGAAGAACACCCUGCUUGGAACUAUAACCCCACCAACAGAUGGAACUGAAAGAAUCCUGUCACUCCAACUCAACACCUCGGUUGGUCCAGCAACCUUGAUCAGCGCUUACGCACCAACUCUCACUUCUUCCACAGAAGCCAAGGACAGAUUCUACGAUGACCUUAGCUUCACCAUCAGCAGGGUCCCAGAAAAAGAGCCACUGUUCAUCCUUGGCGACUUCAACGCCAGAGUUGGGGCUGGCUACACCUCAUGGCCCACCUGUCUGGGUCACUUCGGCACUGGGAAAAUGAAUGAAAAUGGUCAACGCCUGCUGGAGUUCUGCUGCCACCAUGGCCUAUGUGUCAGCAACACCUUCUUCGACACCAAGCCGCAACACAAGGUCUCUUGGAGACACCCCCGAUCCAAGCACUGGCACCAGCUGGAUCUGAUUCUCUCCAGACGCUCAAAUCUACCAAGCAUCAAGCUCACCCGCAGUUAUCAGAGUGCUGAUUGCGACACUGACCACUCCUUGGUCUGCAGCAAAGUGAAGCUACAAGCAAGGAAGCUGCAUCGCACAAAAAAGGAUGGCAGGCCCCGCAUAGACACCAGCAAGUCGCAAAAUAAGGAGAGAGUGGAUGAUUUUGCACGUAUUCUUGAAGAAUCUCUUCCAGGUCCCUCCAGCGAAACAGCCUGCGAUAGAUGGGAACACUUCAGAGAUGUUGUUUACAACGCUGCCAUUUCCACCUUUGGCAAGAAAACGAGCAAGUCUGCAGACUGGUUCGAGGUUCACUCCGAGGAAAUAAUGCCAGUCAUUGAAGAGAAGAGAAACGCCCUUGCAGCAUACAAGGCCAACCCCAGUGAACGAAACCUGCAAGUCCUUCGGUCAGCCCGCAGCAAAGUUCAACAGUGUGCUAGGCGAUGUGCCAAUGACUACUGGCUCCAGCUCAGUUCGCAGAUACAGACCGCGGCUGACACAGGCAACAUGAAGGAGAUGUAUGAUGGCAUAAAACAGGCCCUGGGCCCAACAAAAAAGAAAACUGCACCCUUGAAAUCCACCACAGGAGAGGUAAUUCAGGACAGAUCAAAACAGAUGGACAGAUGGGUAGAACACUACUCCGAACUGUAUAGCAGAGAGAACACCGUUACGGAAGAUGCCCUGAACGCCAUCGAAUGCCUACCAGUGUUGGAGGAGCUAGACAGAGAACCAACCCUUGCAGAACUCAACGAGGCUCUAGACUCCCUUGCCCAUGGCAAGGCUCCAGGAAAAGACGGCAUCAGCGCUGAAGUCCUGAAAUGCUGCAAGGGGACCAUCAUCACCGAGCUGCAUGAAAUCCUCUGUCUCUGCUGGAAAGAAGGUGAAGUGCCUCAGGACAUGCGUGACGCCAACAUCGUUACCCUAUCCACCAUUGACAUGGUGUUCUCCCUCAGGCAACUUCAGGAAAAAUGCAGGGAACAGCGGCAACCACUCUUUAUUGCCUUCAUAGAUCUCACGAAGGCCUUUGACUUGGUCAGCAGAGAUGGCCUGUUCAAGAUCCUGCCAAAGAUCGUCAUGUUAAAACACGCCUUUGGACCCACAACGGAAGGCAUUUACCUCCGGACCAGAUCGGAUGGAAAGCUCUUCAACCUCUCCAGACUCAGAGCAAAAUCCAAGGUUCAGCGAAAAUGUGUGCGCGACUUCCUCUUCGCAGAUGAUGCAGCAGUUACAGCCCACUCAGCUGAAGGCCUCCAGCAACUCAUGAUUCGUUUCAAUGAAGCUUGCGAUGAUUUCGGACUCACCAUCAGUCUGAAGAAGACACAGGUCAUGGGUCAAGACGUGGAUCAGCCACCCGACAUCAGAAUCGCUGAUCACCGGCUUGAUGUUGUCCAUGAUUUUGUGUACCUGGGUUCCACCAUCUCAGACUCUCUCUCUCGAUGCGGAGCUGAACAGACGGAUCGCGAGUCGUGGACCCUUCGAGCUCGCCAAGAACGAAAACUCAACUCGCUCCACAUGCGCUGCCUGCGACGCAUCCUGAACAUUACCUGGCAGGAUAAAAUCACAAACAACACUGUCCUGGAGAGAGCUGGGAUGACCAGCAUGUUCACUUUGCUCAAGCAGAGACGCAUGCGCUGGCUUGGCCAUGUUGUCCGCAUGGACGAUGGUCGGAUCCCCAAAGACCUCCUUUAUGGAGAGCUGACGGAGGGGACACGCCCAACUGGCAGGCCAAAACUGCGAUACAAGGACGUAUGCAAGAGGGACCUGAAAGCCCUACACAUCAACACCGACUCAUGGGAAGAUACAGCCUCAGAGCGAUCCGCCUGGCGGCAAGCAAUUCAACAAGGCCUCCAUGUGUUUGAGGAGACCCUCGCCCAGCAGUCUGAGGCAAAGAGACAAAGAAGAAAGGCCCAAAACCCGGCAGACCAACCAGCCUCUAUCUUCACCUGUGAUCAGUGUGGGAGGGAUUGCCACUCUCGUAUUGGCCUGUCCAGCCACACCCGACGCUGUACCUGA